CAGUCCCUUUCUUUCCUUGGAAAGAGGAAGUAUGCCUUUUGCGAGUUUUCUCUGAAAUGGUGGGAGGAAAUAUAUUGGAGUAUUCUUGGGAUCUGGGGAGAAGUGAGGCUGUCUUAAGAAGUAUAUAUUAACCCUACAACUUUGUGUCACGGUCACACUAUCCUAGGAGGGAGAACAAGCAACAGGAGACCUUCUCCAGACGUAUCUGCUAGUCACCCAUCAUGGCCAGCCUGAAGUUUGCUGUUCUGAUCAUCCUGAUUUUGGCUUUCUAUUAUCAACCCAUAGCAAGAGGAUGUCCCAGCUGUCCGGAAGAAUGUUGCUUCUCUUUAAGAGAAGGAAAACCUCUUGCCGUAAGGACCAUACAAGCUUACAGAAGAACUGCUAAGAAUUGCAGGUUGAAUGCUGUGGUGCUUUCUAUGAAGAGUGGCAGAGAAUUGUGUGUUAGAGACCAAGAUACUUGGGUGCAGCGGGUGAUGAAGAUGGUCCCAGAGAAAAGGAAAUGAUUGAAACGGAGGACCUCUCUCCUGCCAAGGGAAAGGCUGUCACUUACCUGCUUCACUGCAUUGUGUCUCUUGGACUGGUGUGCUUGGGCAUGUGAACAUAUAAUUUGCAAAUUUAAGCUAGGUUGAAAAUAGGCUUGCUCUGCGGCCUCCUCCU